AAAAUCAUUUUCGAUUUAGGAAUUAAGAAUUUUGUAUUUCCAUGCCAUUUGUUUGUUUGAUUUUUUGUUUGUUUCCCUUUUUUUAUAAAAUUCAACGAAGUACAUAUAACGGCGGUAGUGUCGCCUAUGCUUAAAAGAAACAGUUACCAUUAAGCGCAAAACAUUUUGUUAUUGUUAGUCUAAUUUAAGCUUUGUGUGCAAUCGUCCUGGUUUUAGUUUACCUGCAUAUUUUCCGGACGCAACGAUGUCCGUGAGAAAUGUUUGAUUUUGUUUCGUUACGAUAAACUUUUCAACUUUACAAAAAUAUCUCAAAUAUUUCGAUCAGCUCUCUCUACAAUCCUUCCUGUCCUAUCUUAAUCUUAAUGUGGUUAAGGCGGUUAUGGUUUUCAUUUCACAUCUACUGCUAACACAUUCAUCGUUUUGUUGAUCGUACUACUGCAUACUGGACAACGUUUAAUGUAAUGAAUGAAACGAAAUACUCAUUUUGAAGCGGUUGACAAAAAGUAUUCGCUCAGCGUAAAAUAUUUAUUGUCGAUUCUUUACUUCCAAUUGCCUGUGCAACUAUUUGUGCAACGUCUGCAUAGUAAGCGUUUUACAAACCAUUGAAUGGAGAAACUCGAAUUCAAACUAGGGAAUGUAGAUUUCGAUUAUUUUAUAGAACUUUACAGCCAAGUGAGUUAUAUACACAAGGGAUAACUUUUGUGGAACGAAUCGAAUAUUUAAGGCCAGGUUAAGGCGGUUUACAUUGCGAUGUAAGUAGCCUUAGCCUGGCCUUAACAAAUUUUCGUAUAUCCAUCAAACACACACUUUCGUCAAGGCAGCGAGCCAAACUUAGCUUAUCGUUCUACAGUUCUAUUCGUGCCACAUCGUUUUCCAUGCUUGUGGAACGAAUAAAACUAUGGAACUAAGCAAAACCCACGAAAAGGAAAAACUUAUCUUGAAUUAAGUUUAGUAUCAAUUCGUCGAGUGGAAUACAUCUGUAGUGACAGAAGGGUGCAAUAGAUUUACCACAAUUUCCUUCCCUUGUUUUUGAUUCGAGUUUUAAGUGAAUCAACUAAUUUUCCGUGUAGACCCUCGACAGUUUCGUAGAAUUUUGUAUUGUUCUUGGCCUCAACAUUAUUCGCAAUUAAUGUCAAAAAAUUCCCGGGUUCGAAAGUUCGAAAAUCGUGAGGCGUGAGUAUUAUGCGUUUUUCGAACUUUUGCGAUUUGGUGGUUGAGGUUAUGGCUUCGUGAAUGACAAGUUGUCACAAUACAAGUUAGUUAUGUGUCAUCUGUGUCCAACAAGACUAAGAUUUUCCGGUAAAAAAAACUUGCAAUGACUGAUAAAACGGUUAACUGGAACGGUGGCUUGCAGCCGGAGGCAGUUGAAAUCUUGUCAGCGAAUGGUGGUAUGAUCGUCUGUCCAACCAAAGUGGGCUAUGUCGUCGUUACUUCCGAUGCUAAAGGUCUGGAACGCAAGUUUAACGCGAAGGAACGCAACCGAAACAAACCGGCCGUUGUACCAUGCGGUUCUCUAGAUCAACUGAGAGAACUAGCACAACUGAACCCGGAAAUUGACGCGCUGUAUCAGCAACAUUGGGAUAAAGAUGUGCUCCUUGGUUGCAUCCUACCAUGGAAACAAGAAGCCCUAGCACGGAUUCCUGACGACGGCUCUGAAAAAUUGAUCAUGGACCAUCGUAAGACUAGCUGCUUUGUGAUCAGGUUCGGUGUUCCGACAGAAGAACUAACGAAAGUGAUGUGGGAAAAAUAUGGAAAAUUGUCACUUGCCAGCUCAGCGAAUCCGUCAGGAAAAAGCAAUCGUGGUCAAGUGAAAGAUAUUGGUGAUCGUAUUGAGCGUCAUGCUGACUUGAUCGUCGCAGCUGAUGAUUAUGUGAAAUCCAUUCAACCCAACGAAUCAGAAGAAAGCCGCUACGAGCAGGGAGUUAUGGUAUCAAUGGUGGAUGAAAACGGGAAGCUAGUGCCCGAGCAGAAAGGUGAACGUAAUAUCAUUCCGUGUCCGGUGAUCAUUCGAAAAGGCUUGCAUGUGGACAAAAUUAUGUCAAUGAUGUCCGAUGUAUUCACUACGUGGGACUACCGUCACGGCAACUACUAUUGAUUCCUUUAUUUCCCGAACAAAGUCGUAGAUGUAAACGAAACCACAGCAAAUAAAAAACGAUUUGAUGUCAGUGAAAUGAAGUGAUUUUGUAAAAUGCUGACGAUAUUAUGUCCUACAGAAAGUUAUGACAGCCGAUCGCCAUCCUUUGCUCUAUUGAAAUAAAUUGCCAACAAAUUGGAAGGAAGAUCUAGAUCGAUCGUUCAUGAAACAUUUUCCAUAGUUCGAUUUAAUAUGAGAAAAUCUUGUACUUCAUUAGCUUUAACGUACAAUUUUGUGAUAUAAAAUCUUGCUAACCCGAGCUCAUUGCUUUUUUUGUGGUCGUUGUCGAUAAUAAAUGGCAUUCGUUCCAUUUUGAAUUUUUAGACAUGCUAAUAGCGCCAGUACCUACAGUCUUGUUGGGUGUGAUCGUAAAAAUCAAUCUGAAUGCUGCGUUA